GUGAUUGAGAUGCAAAGAUUGAUUCAGUGCUAUAGGACUGAGCUAAUCCUUCUUUCUGUAAAUAUCGCCACCCAUUUGAACCUUGUCCUGAUUCAUUUUAAGAUGGUACUUUAACCUGUGUGGUUAAACUGCAUGAGUGUGUUUCUUCAUUGAUCUCCUUCAACUGCCACUGUCUUUUACACCAAUGAUAAAAUGGCUAGCUUGUGGUUGCUCUUGGGUCUCUUACUUUCUAGUUUAGCUGAAGCUGGGAAACUGCUGGUUAUACCGUCAGAUGGCAGUCACUGGUUGGGGAUGAAGCCUAUUGUGGAAGAGCUGGGGAGGAGAGGAAACCAGGUGGUGGUCGUCAUCCCAGAGGCGAGUCUGAGCAUGGGUCCUUCAGAGCAUACCACCAAUCUGACAUAUCCCGUGAACUACACCACGGCUGAAUUAAAAGCGAGCAUAGCAGAUGAAUUCAACACCAUUCUGAGCAUUGAUAUCUCUACAGACCUAGCCAAGUUUCAGGCAUUCAUCAUCUCGCUGGAUGUUCUGCCCAUGUUUAUAUUGAGGAAUGCAGAGGGUUUACUCUUCAACAAGGACUUGAUGAAGAAACUGCAAGAGUACAACUUUGAUGCGAUUCUCACAGAUCCAUUUGAGCCUGUUGGAGCUAUAGCUGGUGAAUAUCUCUCCAUUCCAGCUGUUUAUAUGCAAAUAAACCAUCCUUGUGGUGUCGAUACCCUUUCCAGUCAAUGUCCAGCUCCAGCUUCUUAUGUUCCACAGCCUUUAACUCAUUUUACUGACCGCAUGAAUCUCUGGCAAAGAAGUGUGAACCUGGUGAGGACUCUUCUUCAGCCCAUGGCUUGUGAGCGAAUGUUUGCUCGUGCAGAUGAGAUCGCCUCACAUGUGCUUCAGAGAAAAACAUCGAUGGUGGAGAUCAUGAGCCACGCAGCUCUCUGGUUUUUGCGUUUUGACUUUGCUGUGGAAUUCCCACGUCCAGUGAUGCCUAACAUGGUGAUGAUUGGAGCAACAGUUAGCCAGAAACCCAAACCUCUGUCACAAGAGCUGGAGGAGUUUGUGGAAGGUUCUGGAGAGCAUGGGUUUGUGGUCUUCACUCUGGGCUCCAUGGUGUCCCAGUUACCCGAGGCCAAAGCCAGAGAGUUCUUUGAGGCAUUCAGGCAGAUACCUCAGAGGGUGCUAUGGAGGUACACUGGACCAGUCCCUGAAAAUGCUCCAAAGAAUGUCAAACUUAUGAAGUGGCUGCCACAAAAUGAUCUCUUGGGCCAUCCUAAGGUUAAGGCUUUCAUUACACAUGGUGGAUCACAUGGAAUCUAUGAAGGAAUCUAUAACGGGGUGCCAAUGGUGAUGCUUCCUCUGUUUGGUGACCAAGGGGAUAACGUUCAACGCUUAGUGUCUCGAGGAGUUGCAGAAACCCUGAGUAUCUAUGAUCUGACCGCAGAAAAACUGCUGGUUGCAUUGAGAAAGGUCAUCAGUGAUAAAAGCUACAAGGAGAAGAUGACCGAGCUUUCAGCUAUUCAUAGAGACCGUCCCAUUGAGCCUUUGGACCUGGCUGUGUUCUGGACUGAGUUUGUUAUGAGACACAAAGGGGCAGCACAUCUUAGACCUGCAGCCCAUGAGCUGAACUGGAUUCAGUAUCAUUCUCUGGACGUCAUUGGCUUUCUCCUUCUCCUUCUAGUGACAGUUAUUUUUGUGACUGUCAAAAGCUGCAUGUUCUGUUUCAGGAAGUGUUUCAAGAAAACUCAGAAAAAGAAGAAGGAGUAGAUUUUUUAAGUCAUUAUUUUGCAAUGUCUGUUUUUGUGGGGUGAUUGUUUAGAGACUUUUAUAAACUGAAUACCUCUAUUCCCUGGGUCAGUGACUUGAAUAAAGCCUCACAAAACCUGAACGUGUCAGGUAAACAUUUA